AUGCUGGAAGGUCGAACGUGUCGGCCUGAUCUAAAGGAAGAUGUUGAAGAUGCAGUGACGCGCACAAAGCGGAAAGCGUUGCCGAAAGCAACAAAACCGGCAAAAGCGCAGCUGGUCACACAUGCGGCGACACUGCGUAGCGCUACGCAACGCAACGCUGCAGAUGCUGCCGCCAACGAGGUGUCCAAAGCGAACGCGACCGACUUCAGCGCGUUCGACUUCAAUGACAGCUCCGACAAUUCGGAUAUACAGGCGCGCCCGCCAUCCUACCUCAGUCGCGCGAAUCUGCAUAACAAUAUAGGCAGCGGCGGCGGCAGCGGCGCUAACAGCAGCAAUGGCAACAACACAAGCAACAGUAUUAGCAGCUGUAACAACAACAACACUCGAUUAAAUAAUAGUAGUAAUUUAGUGAACAACAACAACAACAAUAAUAAUGCAAAUUGUCGUGAAGUGGAUGCAGCGAGUAAUGCGGGCGCGCGCAAUGGGAGGUGUGACGCUGAAAUGCAUGGCGUUAACGGUGACGCGAUGGAGCAGGAUGAAGAGGAGCAAGGCGCUGGUGGAGUUGGUGGUGGCGAUGAUGUUGGUGAAGAGGACGACGACGACGAUGAGGCGGAAGAAAUCAAUGAGGCUGAAAACACAGAGCACCGAACACGCACGAAAACGGAGGAGGAAGACGGCGGCGCCGAGGACGACGACGACGAUGAGGCGGAAGAAAUCAAUGAGGCUGAAAACACAGAGCACCGAACACGCACGAAAACGGAGGAGGAAGACGGCGGCGCCGAGGACGACGACGACGAUGAUGAUGAUGAAGAAGAGGACGAGGCGGACGAUGACGCGCAUAACGCCGCGUUCAAUGUCAGCGCGCGGCAAUUGCGCGCUGUCACGGAUGCCUUGGCUAGUGUGACCGGUGACAAUGACAGGUUUCUCGAGACGCCAAACGCGUCCAUCGCCGCCACGGAUACAAACGCUGGUGCGGCCGUUAGCGCGUGCAAUAUUAGCAAGGGCAAAGCUGGCGAUGACAAUAUCAUCACCAAUAACAACAACAGUAGUAGCAAUCACAGCCUUAGCAAUAGUGCGCUACAAAGAAACAACACCACCCACAAUGAUGACAAUAGCAACGCCAGCAGCGACGAUGAUGAUGGCGAGGAUGACGAUGAUGACGAAAUGGUAUGUCAUGGCAUGCGCGCACUCGAUGGCAUGGGUGUGGGCGAUGCACAUCGCGCGGCCGUUAAUACGCACAACAGCAACAACAAUAACAAUAGUCACAAUAACAGCAAUAGCGCUGCCGAUGCAUUGCUAAUGGCGGCGAUUGCCAAUGCAAGCACCAAUGGCACAACCAACAGCAAUGGCGGUGUUGCGGGCGUACACAACAACGCGCUGACUACAAAUGCAACCACAGAGUCACACAACCAAUGUGCGACGCAGCAAGGCGGUGCCGCCGGCGUUAGUGCGCUUUUCGAGGGCGCUUUAGGCGCCAGCAGCGGCAACAAUUGCAAUGAAUUGGCGCGCAGCAGCAGCGCCAGCUUGAGCAAUAAUAGCUCCUCCACGGCAGCGCUGGGUGGUGGUGGUGGCGGUGGCAGCGUUAUUGGUGCGGGUGAUGCGAAUAGCAUUGGCAUCGGUGGCAGCGGUGGUGGCACAGGCGGCGGUAAUGGCAGUCUAUGUGGUGGUGUGGUUGGUGGUGGCGGUAAUGGUAUCGGUGGUGAGAGCAUGUGUGGUGGCGCGCCUAGCGAGGCGGGUAGCGCGGCUGGUACAACGGGUUCGGGUCAUAGUGAGCGUAAGAAGUAUCGUCAUCAAAAUUAUAGCAAGAAUAUUUAUAUCGGCACCAAGAAUGCGGAGAAAUGGGAGCACACACGCACGCGUCUGCAGUUUAAAAACGAUGUGGAGUUCGUGACAUACUUGUUGAAUUUGGCCGACAAUGAUACGGAGCGUUUGGCGAACUUACCACCACCUUCGGCGCCAACUACACCCACAAAGAGUUUCGCCAACAACUUCAAAUUGGAGCCGAACCUCAGCGUGAAGGAGUUCAGCAAAAGUCAAACUGAGAAUAGUAGCGAGGCUCCAGCACCAGCGCCGACACGCAGGAAAUACAAAAAGCGCGUACAGUUCAGUGACGCGCUCAAUGGCUUCCCGAAAAUCAAAGACUUCUCGAAUUUCUCCGCCAAAGCGAAGAAACACGAUCAAAAAAUGAAGAAUGCCGCAAACACAAGCGGUGCAGGCAACGAUACUUUGCCCGAAGUAUUGGACUGUCGCAUUGCAGAGAAGAUCAAAAGCGAGCUAGAAGAGAAGGGCGCAACAAAAGGACCAGCGCAUCAAAACGCAUUGUGUCUGAAGAAGCCGGGUGAGGCGGGAGAUGAAACCGAACAGCAAAACCACAGCGAUGAAGACGAUGAUGAGGAAGCUGAAACAGAGACAACUGGCGCUGAGACUACCAGCGCAGCUGCACUCACGACCUCUGCCAACAUCGCAGCGGCAAUAGGCGAUGUGGUCGAUGCCAAUACUGGCGCUGGGGCAGGAGUAACAGCAACGCCCACACUGACUGCACCAACCGCAAUGGCCACCACCAGCAAUUUCCGUGCGCGUGUGAAAGGCAAACGUGGUCCCAAACCCGCAACGACGCUGCCGGUCAACAAUGCAUUCAGCAGUCUGGGCAACAGCCUUGCCGACGAUGAAGAAGAUGAGCUCGACGGCGAGACGGAUGGCGAUGAUGAGGAUGAGGAAAUGGACGAGGAAGCAUUGGCGCGUGAAAUGAAGAACGAACAGAAUUUCGUUGAAGAGGAAGACGAACAUGAUAUAGCCUUUCGCUCGCAGCAAUCGUGUCGCGAAUGCUCCAUCACGCAUGACUACAAAAUAUGUCCACUACGCACAGCUAUCGGUACCAUUACCGAUGCCGUUGACUUGUCCGAGUGGAUAGAACGUAAAAACUUGGAAGCUUUGGCUAAACUAAAACACGAUGCACAACGGCAGGCGAAACAAGAUCACGAUCCGGACGAUGAGGAUAUGGACGAAACUUCGCAAAUGUCUGAGCUCGAAACGAAGCCGUUGAUAACGUUCGCCGAAGCUUCGGUGCCAGCCGAAUUCGAGCUGCACAAUGUCGAACCGAAUGUGACGGGCGUAUUUGCGCGCACCGAAGUGCGCUCUCACACGAAACUCGGACCGCUCAUCGGACAACCGGUACAAAGCAGUGAUGUACGCGAAGGCAGCGAUAUGAAGUGGAUAUUCGAGAUCUGCGAAGCUGGCGCCGAGCUGUCACAACUAUUGGCCUGCGACAAUCCGAACACUUCCAAUUGGUUGCGUUACAUACGACCGGCGCCCAGUUACGAGGAGCGCAACGUAAAUUUGGUGUCGAUUGAACGGCAAGCGUUCUUCGUCACCUGUCGCGAUGUGAAGAACGGCAUGGAAUUGCUCUAUUGGAGUGACGACUGCAACACGAUGUGGCGCAAGAAGCACACGGAGAAAACGAAUUGUGGCGGCUGCAAUUUGCGCUUUGACCAUCCGCUCUACUAUCGCACGCAUUGCUCGAUUUUCCACGAUCCCUCGAUGAGUCUCACCAUACGCAAGUACCAUUGUAAGGUGUGCGGCGAGGCGGUGCUCGGCAAGGACAACAUCAUGAAACAUGCGGCCGAGAAGCACGAGGGCAAAGGCGCCUAUCAAUGCCAAUUUUGCAACAAGUUCUUCCUGCGACUCAACUACUUGGAAAUGCAUCGCACCUACGGCUGUGCGGCCAAUCCGAAUCGUGCGCGACCACUUUGCGAUUUCUGCGGUCGCAAAUUUUGCCAACCGCAAAAGCUCAAGGCUCACAUCAAGCGCAUGCACAGUGGAUCACGUGCCGCGCUGCAGCGUCACUCCAAGGAGGUGCACAGUCGCAACUCGACGGUGGUCAGUUGUCCGCGAUGUCAGAAGCUCUUCCAGAAUCGCAGUAAUUUGAAAAUCCAUAUGCUCACACAUUCGGGCGUCCGGCCUUUCAAAUGUUCGGAGCCUGAGUGCAAUGCCGCUUUUACCACGAAGCAAUGUCUGCAGUUCCACUACAAGAAGGUGCACAACUAUACACAGGAGCAAAUGCCGCGGAUUGAGCGUAGUGUCGCGUAUACCUUCGAUGCUUAUUCAGGUGGCAUGAAGGUGGACUUUUUGGAACAAGCGCCGCGACGCCGACGUAAGAGUUUGGAGGAUCAAAACUCGCGCCUGAGCUCGAGCAUACAAAGCGACACUGAGUUCUCGGACGAUAAUAUCUUCGAGGCCAUCAAAAAAUCGGGCAAAUCAAUCAAAGAUCUGUGCCGUAAUGAGCCAAACCUCUCAUUACUCUCAUCUAAGAUCUCCAGCAUAUUCGGCGAGAAGGUUGUGGGUAGCCGGAAACGCAAGAAAAAGAAAGAACCACCAACACAAAAUAUGAAUUUGAUAGGUGCCGUCGCUGGCGGUGCUGGUGUCGGUGUUGGCAACGCCACGGAAGAGGAUGAUGAAGACGAGCAUAUGGAGCAGGUGCGUCGCAAGCAAGCCAAUGCGCAAUUGAGUCUCGUCGAAUCCUUUUUGACAACGACAGCACAGCGUCUCACCGCACAGCAACAGGUCCAACAGGUGGUCGCCGCCGCCGCUGCUGUAUCAGCGAUGGCCGGUGCUGGAGCGGCAGCCGUGGCCGAGGAUCCCACCAAAAUGCACAUGAUGUCUGGGCUUAAUAAUCAACAUCACGCGAUGGCUAUGAGUGGACAUGCUGUGGCGGGUAUGCUGAACGACGACGAUGACGAAGAGGACGACGAGGAUGAUAAUGGCGCAGAUGAUGUACACGAUGGCGGACAUGGUGAAACGCAUGACGACAAUAACGGUUACCGCCAUCACGCGGGCAUGAAUGCGUUGGGACAGAAUUUGGUUGUGAGCAAAGGUAGUAAAAAAUGGAUUAGCGGCGACGAUCGUCAUCUGUCGCGCGAUUGUGUGAAUACGGUGGAUCGCAUGGGUGGCAUGGGUGGUGGCGGUGUUGGUGGUGGUGGUGUUGGAGUCGGCGUCGGAGUUGGCGGCGGUGUAGGCACCGAUGCUGCCGUCGCUGCGGCUAUGGGUGGUGCCGCGGCUGUGGCGGCUGCCUGCGGUAUGGCCGGCAAUGCUGGUGGUGUUGGUGUCGGUGUGGGCAAUGACAUGGGUAUGCCACCGUUCGCAGUGCCACCCAGCACCGUAGACGAUGCGAACAAAUUGAUUGGUCAUAAUCGCGAUUUCUUGGCGCGUCUGAUGAACUCCGCUAGUGCAAGUCAUGCGCAUCACAAUAAUCGCGGCGAGGAGGAUGAAAACUCUUCCUUCCUCGAUGUGGUCGAAUCCAACAAUAAUAAUAACAACCAAAUCGCACAAUACCAUCACAACAGCGGUGGCGGUGGUGGCGGUGUGGUUGGUAAUGUUGGCGGCGGUGGACAUGUGGUCAAUGCGGGCAAUGGCAAUACGAAUAAUAUGGUUGGCGCAGGUGCGAACAAUACACCGGGCCAUCAAGCGGAGGAGGCACAGUUACAAAUGAAUUCGUUGGCGCAUUCGCAAUCGUUUAUGAGUUCGUUUUACAACAAUGCAAAUGCAAGACUGAGCGGCGCAGGUGGCGCCUCAACAUCGGCGAGCAUGCUUGUGGAGGCCGCUUUGAAUUCCGUGGGCAACAUGAUCGAUUCGGAAAAUAAUGACAUGAAGGUGGCGAAUGAUGCGAACAUUAACACCGACAGUCCGAUGAGCGCUCAUCACGUGGACAAUGAAACGAAUCGCUUCAACACAGACACUGCCGCCAAUCACCACUCCAUUAACAGCAUUGACAACCUGGAGAACGAGCUGAAGAUGAUGAAGAAUCUCAGUAGCUUCCCAAUGCAAAUUCCACCACUGCCAAUGUUCCCGAACUCAGGCAACGCUAUGACCUCCUGCAACAUAUCGCCAAACGCUUCGACACCGACAAAUCCUCAGAGCAACCAGAAUAAUAACGACGUCGAUGUGGAUGCCAGCUCCACGCCACGACCACAGCAUUUAGGUGGCGGCGCUGCCGAUUCCGACGGUUUCUCCUCGGUACAUCAUCGCACACCGCCCACGCCGCAACCCAUCUCACCUGGCCGCGAUUACGGCAUGUUUAGCAAUGCGAAUGCUAACGGCGCUAAUGGCACACCCGGCGGUCCCGGCACAGCAGGCAGCAACAGUAGCGGCAAUAGCGCCAGUGGCAAUAGCAACAAUAACAUAUCAGCCUCCUCACCUUUGCCCACAAUGCAAGGGCACCGGCGUAACGCUUCCAGUGUUGGCAGCGCAUAUCCGGAACAUGAGCUCAUAUCGCCCGCCUCAUCGCCGUCCAUACCACGCUACAAUUUCAAUGGCGAGAUGAUGCGACACAAGCGCGCUGAACAUGAGAAUGAGCGACGACAAGCGAUCGGGCAUAAUCCGCAUCUAUCUAGUGACGAUGAGAACAGUAUUAUGCCACAAAAUAGCUCAGGGCAGGAUAUGCGCAUGAAAUUCUCACAGUCGCAAAUGGACCUCAUGUACACCAAGUACGAAAGUAUGGCGGCCAAUGCGGCGAAUCUUAAGUACAACAGCCAAGAGCUCGACUCGCCGGCCGAAUAUCGCAGCGCAAACAGCAAUACCGCCCCUGCGCCCACCGCUAACGAUCUGUCGGACCUGCAGGGUCUCGACAUGUCACGCUCUAGUGUCAGCGCUUCGAAUUAUCAUCACAACUUCCAGCUGCCGGGCAGUGCCAGCUCCAAUAUACCGGGUAUCGGUCGCUACCAUCAUCACAUUUACGAUAUACUCUCCGAGCGUGAACAACAGACGCAACAAGCACAGACACAGCAGCAACAACAUCAUAGUUCGGCAGUAGCAGCCGCCGCUGCUGUGGCGGCGCAACAUCAACAACAGCAGGAACACUCCAGCCAAUUGGCUAUGCAACAACACCAAUCGGCCAUGCAUAAUAUGCUACCCGAUCAGCUGGGCGAGCAGGAUCACGAUCAGACCACGUCGGUGGACUUGAGUCGUACCGCCAAUUAUGUGGUACCAUCACCACCACAGCUACCAUACAAUCAUCCACAUCACGAUAUGCUGCGAAUGGCUUCGUUGGAUUUAACGCCGAAUACCAACAUGUCGGUCGGCAAUAAUCGCUCCUUCCUCUCCUCACAGAUGCAGCAUCAAAGCCGUGAAAGUCUGGAGCAUCACCGUUUGCUGUCUACUGUGGAGCAGCAUCGCAUAUUGGCCGCAUCCAAUGUGGCGGCUGAUCAGCACCGCUUGUUGGUCGAUCCCACCGCUCAUCUGCUGAUGGAGCAAAAUAAUCGACUCUUGGGCACCGAUCAAUCCCGUCUACUCGGCGAGUCGGCGCAAAAUAGACAUAUGGCGCGUAGUUUUGGCGCCUACCAUCAGGUUGCGUCCGGCAAUUAUCAUCCUGGUGUGCGUCCACCAGUACUGCCAUCGGCUAAUCAUCAUGCUUCCAAUCCAUCAAACUAUCACCCCUUCCCGGCUUAUUAUUAAAAGUGAGUGGAAUGUAAAAAUCGUCUAUUUUGAAAUGUUGAAUGUUUUGUAGAGGAUUCCGAUAGGUGAAUACUGCUUUUAAUGGAGUUUCCAGAAUUUAGUUUCGAUAUUUUUAAGAUGAAUAUUUUGAGGACAGAUUUCCAGUAAUUAAAUGUUUCUAACCGUAUUCACAUUAACUUUCGAAGACAUAGCUUCGCUGAAACUGUCUAGCUAACUUCUUUCAGCUUGCUUGAUUCGGUACAUGAUUCUUCUGAGUCCUUUGUCGGGUAUGUAACUUCAUAAGCUUCGAUCUCUGCGUCUUCCAAAAACUUCGAUCCACCUUUUUCAUGUCAGAUAUAUGUACAUAUAUAUUGUAAGACGUUUGAAUGGAUUUUUGAUGAUUGAGAGAGUCUUGCUUGGUAGUAAUUCAACUAGGUUUUGGACAGCACUGCUCAUUUGAUAAAUCUUGAGAGCACAAAUCUUCAUACAUCCUCUCGAAGGCUGCGAUGUGAAUUUCUUUGCAUUUCUGGAGUCAUGGCAUACUAGUUCUUCAUUCUAGUGCUCAUCUAAUUGCAUACAUAUGUUCCAAGAAUUUAUCACUUUAAAAAAAGAAAGACUUUUGUAUUUAAUAUUCCACUUCUGAGUUUUGUACCACAAGACCGAUUUUGUGACCCCCAACACUUCGUAUUGACACUACAUUUCCAUUAAACGGUAUGUCAAAAACACAUUUUUCGGCAAGAAAGAAUAUGAUAUUGGUUUCGCCGCUUGUUGGCCUACUAAAUUUAAGAGUUCGUCGUCGUGAAGUCUUUGUAUAGUAGUAUUAAAGAAAGCUAUCUUAUAUAUAGAAGAACAAAACGCAAAUAAUAAGCUCUCAAUGGUUUUUUGGCCGUGAAAAGUCUGUUGAGAGACAGAAGCGCGAAAUUAAUUCUUUGAAAAAAUUGUAGGUACAUAAAAUAGGCUAUUUUAUGGUACUCAAAAAUAAAUUGAUGUAAAAAUAGUAAGAUGUGAGUAAAUAUAUAAAAAGCAUUAACAGUAAGUGAUUUAUAUACUACUAAAAUAAUUAUUUUUUAUUUUAUUCUUGUGUGUUAGUUGGGCAAUUAUUUAGUGGGAAAAUAGAAAAUUACGAUAAUUUUAGGAAAAAAAAUUUUUUCUUGUGGAAAAUUUACAGAAUUGAGGUGUUUGCAUGUAUAUUUUUCCAUAUUAGUAGCAUACAUUUAGGUUGAGUUUUUCAUACUUUGUAGCAUACAAUUAGGGUGUAUUGGAUAAAAUAAAUAUUUUUAAAAACUUCCACAGCAAAAUAAUAUAUCAGCACUUUAUUAUCAAAUUGCUUAUUUCGAACUGGAAUUGACUUCUGUUAUCCUGCCGAUGAUUAUACUUCGAAAUAUUUUAAAAAAUCUAUAGCAUACAAUUAGGAUCAGUUCAGCGAAAAAGAACAUUUGUUUUAAUUUUUAGCAUACAUUUCGUGAGUGUUGGGAGGAAAAGAAAUCUUUUCAAAAAACAUGUAUGAAAAGAACAUUUUAAAAAAUUUGUAGCAUACAUUUUGGGGAGCGUUCAGAGAAAAUAAUUUUUUUGAAAAAAUUAAGCAUACAUUUAGGAUGAUUUGUGUGAAAAUUAAAUUAUGUUUAGUUAGGGAGCAGUGUAUUUAUUUUAAUUUUUUUUACUCCCUUUAGACGGGAACUGCUACUAUUAUUCUACUUCAAAAUAUUUUUCAAAACUUGUAGCA